AUGGCUGCGGCUUCUGGAAACACUGGCUGGGCCCAGCUACGGCAACAAGCGCGAAGUCUCGAGACACAGACAGAGACCUUGUUCCACACAUACUCCCAGUUCUCGACAGUAUCAGAUAUACCAGCAAAACCGACAGAAGAUGAAAGGACAACAGAAGCAAAACUCCAGGAUCUCCUCGAGAGACGCGAGAACGUCAUCUCCCAACUAGCCCGCCUCCUCGACUCCGAAGCGACCCUCACCUCCUCCGCUUUGAAGCAGAACAACCUCGCCCUCCUCCGCGAGAAGCUUGCCGAACACAAGCGCGACCUUGUGCGCAUCCGCAGCAAAAUCGCCCAGGCCCGCGACCGCGCCCACCUUCUCUCCAAUGUCCGCUCCGACAUUGACGAGUACCGAGCCAACAACCCCGAAGCCGCUGAGGCCGAAUACAUGCUCGCCGAGCGCAACCGCAUCGACAAUAGUCACAACAUGGCCGACAGCGUCCUGUCCCAGGCUUACGCCGUGCAGGACAACUUCAACAUCCAGCGCGAGACCCUCGCCAGCAUCAACCGUCGCAUCACCAUGGCCGCCAGCCAGGUGCCAGGGUUAAACAGCCUCAUCGGCCGAAUCUCCGCGAAGAAACGCCGGGACGGCAUAAUCAUGGGCGUCUUCAUCGCCUUCUGUUUCCUCGUCUUCUGGUGGUUCCUAUGA